CAGGAAAUUGUGCAAACUGUAUGGCCCCAUUUUUUCUUAUGAGCGUUAGCCAAUAAUACGCACAUCAUGCAUCACUUCCUCAGCAUGCUUCAGGAAAGACCACAUAUGAGCAGUUUUGGUUUUUGGAGUGUCAGUGUGCAGUGGAGAGAUACAGACUGGAUAUUCUUCUGUUCUAAAAUCAGCUCCACCCAGUGCCUCUGCUCCUCACUAAUACUGAGACAUGAUUGGAGCAGAGAGAUUCAUCCUCAUUGGCUGCCUGCUGCAAGGAGCCUUGGGCAGCGAUUGGGCAGUCUGGAUGCCUCAGAGUAUUGAAGCUCUGAUUGGAUCCUGUGUCCUGAUUCCCUGCAGAUUUGAGAUCCCAUCUGAAUUUAACUCAGAUCUAUUAGAGGAUCCAUCUUCAGUUAAUGGAAAAUGGAAAAAAGAUGAAACUAUAGUGUUUGAUUCCAGCAGCCAAUCUGCAUCUUCUCUGCAUGGAAAGAUCACUGGAGGCCUGAUUCAGAAAAACUGCACUACAGUCCUGGAGAACCUUCCAAAGAAUUAUUCUCAUGGUCGUUAUAAAUUCAGAUUAGAAUGCAACAAUAGACUCAAAUGGAAUUUUGAACAAAGUGUUCAAAUUAAUAUCACAGGCUCUCCACCCAAACCCAAGUUCACCCCAGAGAGGGUGGAGGUGAUGGAGGGGACCUCUGUGAGCUUGAGCUGCUCUGCUGCAGCCCCCUGUCCCAAACUCCCCCCAAAUCUGACAUGGACCCCCAGGCUGAAUGACAGUGUGGAUCGCCUGCAAGAGAAUGAGGAUCGAACCAAAUUUGUGUCUUCUGUUCUGACCUUCACUGCUUCCCACCUCCACCACUGGCAGAAGAUCAUCUGCAGGGCACUUUACACACUGCAAAAACGAGACACUCAGAGGACGUCUAAGGCCAGUAUGAUUCUCAAAGUUCGAUAUGCUCCUAAGAACACGUCAGUGUCAGUCAGUCCCUCUGGUUCAGUGUUAGAGGGCAGCUCUGUGACUCUGACCUGCAGCAGUAAUGCCAACCCAGCAGUGCAGAACUACACCUGGUAUAAAUUGAAUGGGACAGAGAUGAACACUGUAGGAACUGGACAGAAUCUCACCUUCAAUGUGACUGAGUCCAGUGGCACUGAACAGUACUACUGUGAAGCACAGAAUGAACAUGCAAAAGAUAAAUCAAAAACUGUACAACUGGCACUUGAUUAUCCUCCUAAGAACACCUCAGUGUCAGUCAGCCCCUCUGGUUCAGUGUUAGAGGGCAGCUCUGUGACUCUGACCUGCAGCAGUAAUGCCAACCCAGCAGUGCAGAACUACACCUGGUAUAAAGUGAAUGGGACAGAGAUGAACACUGUAGGAACUGGACAGAAUCUCACCUUCAAUGUGACUGAGUCCAGUGGCAGUGAACAGUACUACUGUGAACCACAGAAUGAACAUGGCAAGGAGAACUCAACAACUGUACGGCUGAAUGUGAUAUACAUGCCUCAGAUCUCUGGCUCUGGGAGCUGCAGCAGAACUGCAGCAGAGAUCAGCUGCUCCUGUGAGAGCCGUGGGAAUCCCUCUCCCAGCAUGGAGUGGCGUGUGUCUGGACUGCGGGUCACUAACUCUACUGACAGAGUCAUCAGGGAGGAGCAGCUGGGGAACACAGGCCUGAGGAGCUCCCUCACCAUGCGCCAAUCACAGGGAGACAUGCCCACUCUCAUCUGCAUCAGCACCAACACUCUUGGCUCCUCCAGCCUCCAGCUCCACCUCCCGUCUCCACAGCAACACUCAGAUUUUGGCAUUAUCUCACUGCUGAUUGCUGCAGCUACCGGUGCUGGUGCCACGAUGAUGAUAUGCCUCAUAAUGCAGCACAUUCUGAAGAAGAAGAGACACAGCCAGCGCUCUGGAAGUAGAAUGAAGGACAGCGAAGGGCUCAUACUGACAGAUGGGAAGGCCGCUCAAGAUGAGGAAUCGAUCCACGCCAACAAGACCAUGCUGUCGGGCGCAGGUGCGGUGGAAAAGGCGGACGAGGCCGCCCCGCACUAUGCCACCGUGGAUUUCUCCGAACUUCACGGCACAGGUGGGGAACACGGAACGGGCAUCGUCCGGGGCACUUCCAAACAGACGUCCGACUACGCCGUGAUCCGACACAAAUCCAGGGAAGAGAGAGAAGGAGGAGAGGAAGAAGGUGAGGAGGCAAAGGAGAAGGUGGAGAAGGAGGGCCAGGCUGAGCUGGGCACAGAGAGGGAGUGGGCCGAGGUGAGGGGCGAGAAGGAGGAGGAGUCUCGGCCAAAUCUGGGCCCACAGGCCUCCGUCAACCCUGAGCCCACGGAGGAGGCCACCUACGGGAACAUCUGCCCCUCCAGGCCCACUAAGAGGGCACGGCAGGGACUGCAGCAGCCGCCCGGGAACCCUGCUGCAGAGGAGGAGCAGGAGGAGCAGCGCCAGGAGGAGAACUCAGCAGGAGGCCAGGAGAACAUGUACGUGGAUGCCAUGAGCCCCCUGAUGGAGGGUAACGGAAAGGGAACAGAGGAGUGUGAGUACGCCGUGGUCAGGAAGCCAAAAUAAGUCACCAUGGAGAUAGGCCAACUCAUCACACCACGCUGCACUCUCAUAAUGCCAAGAUAUUGCUUUACAGCACGAUAUAUAACGUGCGUUAUGUUGCAGUACAGAUGUUACAUUACAGUGUCAUACUGGAGUACAGUAACUUAUGGGGUACCAAAUGCAGCAUAAAGCUAUUAUUUUACCAUGCAUUUUCUUCUGCAUUUAACUGAAAUAUCCCUAUUUCUCUCAGAUUUAAUGGAAAAAGUCUUACAUUUAUUGUCUUUAAAUUGACAGGUGUAAAUAUUUAAUGUGGUAUCCGAAAAUGAUAUAAAUGAGCUAAAUGUUUUAUUAAUAA